CAAUAGGUUGUCUUGCCAUACUAGUUGAUUUAUGCAAAGAAAAAAAAAAGAUAAAAGAAAAAGUUUAGACUGAAAGCACCUCGAGCAGAAAAGAUGGUCACGAUUGAAGCCACGCUCACAAGAGAAAUAAUGUAUUUCUUUUGUCUGUUAUGGAAGUCAAGGAAACGUUUGAAUACUUUGCAUUAUUGGAACAGCAAUUUUGGAGAAAGCUGGAUCGAAAUACGCUUGAUGAGGUCACUUUCAGGGGUGAAUUAAAGCCAGAAGACAUGUUAUUGUAUGGCGAAUUUGGGUUUACUUUACUAGGACUCAAGCCUGCUUUACUUAUCGAAUUUUGUGACGAAAAAGUUAAUUUACUCUACCUUCAGACAGUCGUUGAGCCAGUCUUGUUUGCAGCGAAAACAAAAACGCUACACUAUCAUAUCAUCCAGCAUGUUAUGACACCUGAAUCGAAUUUGCACGGGAACAUCUUUGUCUAUCAUACUGCUGUCACUCGACUAAAAGAAUUAUCGUUUAUCAUGAAUGUAUCAAGCCAAGACAAAGACUGCGAAGUAAGCGAUAAAGAUAUGGCAACCAUUCUGGACUAUCCAGGGCGAUUACCUAGCCAUGAACAAGAAAUACCAACGUUACACACUGUCAUUUAUUUUCAUGAUAGGCCUAAUCACAAGGGAAUGAUUGCUUUGACUUCCUUUGCCAUUCAAGUGGACGAAAAAGAAAACACUUUAGUACACUUCAAUCGUUAUAAAUCAAUUUGUAAAGAGAAGCUUCAAAUAGAUUUAAAAAUUCUUAUCCAAUAAAAAAAGUAAACCUGGUUUAGGUCCUCGUCCUAGUUCCUGGAAACAAAUACUUGCAGUAUUUGGCUA